AUGUCUUCACUACAACCUCAUCUAUGGGCCGCAGAGUUUGUAACCUUUCCAGCUGCGACUAUCUUCCUUAUUCUGCGACUAUCCAGUCGGAGGAUUACCAGAGUACGCCUUUGGUGGGAUGACUACUUUGCGGUACUCUGUUAUGCCGUCGCCGUUGCAUGGGCCAUAAUGCUCCCUAUUUGGAUACGACAUGGCUUUGGCUUACACUCAGAUGACGUUCAAGGAAUGACCAUAGAGGAAGCAAACUACGCGACGAAAAAGUACCUCUUCAUCAUCGAGCAUCUCUAUGCAUUCACCCUCUUCUUUGCCAAGAUCUCUAUCUUGUCCUUUUACUGGCGAAUGUUCCGCGUCGCCAAUAUUCAAUUUGCAAUUUCGAUCCUAUUGACCUGCUCCAUUCUCUGGAUCAUCGUGCGAGUCUUUCUGACUACAUUUCAUUGUUAUCCAGUGGAGGCAUUUUGGGAUCCUCACAUUGAACAUUCUGUCUGUCCCAUCAAAAGCGCCGACUUUUUCUUCGGUACUGUUCUUGCUCACGUCUUGAUCGAUGUUGGUAUCUUGAUUCUUCCUAUUGUACAGAUCCAGAAACUUCAGCUUCCUAUCCUUCAGAAGAUAGCAAUGAUCUUCUUGUUCUUAUUUGGUAUAUUAGUGUGCGUGGCCGGUAUGGUCAUCGUUAGUGUAUCUGCCCACUUCAAUAACAAGUCAGACGACAUGACAUACCAAUUGGCUCCCAUCAUCAUAUGGGCUUCAGUGGAGGUAAAUCUAGUGACAAUAUCCAGUAUGCGUCUUCCCCCUUCCGUCCGCCCUUUAAGUCAAAUCAACUCAUUAUUGUGCAGCCUGUCUCCCUAUCAUUCGACCGGCCUGUCUAUUCCUGAUGACUUGCACGGACCCAACUUCAACGAUCGAUUCCAAAUCCAGCGUUUACCCAAUGCCGGAUCAAGUUCUACACAUGUGCUUACAGAACUCCCGAAUGAUUCAGCAGCUUCAGUUGACGGAAGCGAUCACCGCGGGCAUCAUGGGCAUACGUCUUCUGUGACUCUUUCGAGUCGACCAGUUACCCCAAGCCUUGCAGGUGUCGGUGGCAUAAUGCUAAAGAAUGAAACGUUUGUACAUAAAGAGAAUGCAAGAGCGUAUCGUUGA